GGGACGAUUCAUUACGAAGACGCUCGGCUCUUUCCGUAUGGAGGGGCGAUCAGAGCCGAUCCCGCACUUUCUGUGCCUGAACCCUGGCACAUCACUCAUUCAGCGUUGUUUUGGUCUUGACCUACUCUAGUCACCAGCGCAAUUAUCUCAAAAAUGGAAACCGCUAACCAGAUUGUGUCACUCGGGACAUUUCAAGUGCUUAAAUUACCGUUGGGAUUUAUCCGUCUUUUGGAAUGGCUUUUUGCCAUCUUUGCAUUUGCAACAUGUGGAGGUUACUCUGGGCAACUGAGGGUUAGUGUGGACUGUGUCAACAAGACAGACAGCAACCUCAGUAUCGGCAUCAACUUUGCCUACCCGUUCAGGUUGAACUGGGUGGAAUUUGAUGUACCGACGUGUGAGGGCAGGAGACAAGAGCGGCUUUAUCUGAUCGGAGACUUCUCCUCCUCAGCGGAGUUCUUUGUCACCAUCGCUGUCUUCGCCUUCCUCUACUCGCUUCUGGCCACUGUGGUCUACAUCUUUUUCCAGAACAAGUAUCGUGAAAACAACCGUGGACCUCUCAUUGACUUCAUUGUGACAGUGGUGUUUUCAUUCAUGUGGCUAGUGAGCUCAUCAGCCUGGGCCAAAGGUCUGUCAGAUGUGAAGGCAGCGACUGAUCCAGAUGAGGUGGUUCUGCUCAUGUCGGCUUGUAAGGUGCAGGCCAACAAGUGCAGCUCAGUGUAUGGACCUAGGUGGUCUGGCCUGAAUACGUCUGUGGUAUUUGGCUAUCUGAACUUCGUGCUGUGGGCUGGAAACAUCUGGUUUGUGUUUAAAGAGACAGGGUGGCACAAGGGAGGCCCACCACGGUAUCCUGUUUCAUCCUCGGAAAAACAAGCCACUGCCUUCAACCAACAGGUCUACAGUCAGGGAACCUUUGAUCAGGCUGGAGGUGCUUUUACAGGAACAGGGGACUUUGCACAAUCAGAGUAUAGGCAGGUGGGAAAUUAUGCUACGAGUGGUCCCAUCUCCUACACAAGUCAGUAACCCCCUCAGCCUCAGAUGUGUAAUAACCCCAUACAGGGAACUAAUGUCUAAGGGCAAAGUUUAACACAGAGCAUAAGAUAAAGAGAGAAGAUUCAUUUAAUAGACAUAUUUAUUUCAGAUUAAACAAAACAGAGCUUAUUGUUUAUCCAGAAUAGUGUUUUCGAAGGGAUAGUUCACCCAAAAAUGAAAUAUUCAGAUUCUGUCAUCAUUUACUCACCCUCUUGUUAUUUCAAACCUGUAUGACUUUCUUUGUUGUGCAGAACACAAAAGAAAAUAUUUUGAAGAAUGAUGGUAACUGAUCAACAGCGGUACCCAUUGACUUCUAUUGUAUAGACACCAAACCAAUGGGUACCACCGUUCGGAUACCAACAUUCUUCAAAAUAGGUGAGUAAAUAAAGACAGAAUUUUCAUUUUGGGGUGAACCAUCAAGAAUGAUGAGUUAUUUACACGUGCGUUGUAUGAUUUUUGUCUAAGUGGUGUUGACUGCUGAAAACCAGUGUUUACUGAACAAAGUUAAAGCGACAACGAGCAACUUUUUGACCUUAAAAUAAUGUCUUUAAAAUUAUUUAAGUGGUAGGUCAGCUUUUAACUGGACGAAUUUUACUGCCGUUACUACCUAAGCAGCCUCCUAUUGGCUGAAAUUGCACUUGUAACUUUAGUGUUCGGCCCGGUAUAAGGCCCGCCUAUCCCCUGCUUUACGGCAUACGUCACGUUUUACUCGUAGCCUGGGAGAGCUAGCCAAAAAACCAAAGUGGGUUUUGUCGGAGGAAGCGAAGAAAAGAAAGCGAGAGAGUUCUCGGACACGAGGCCGGUCACGAAUCAAUAUCGGACGGGCUUACACUCGGUGGCGCAAGCAGCAAGAGGCAACAGGUUGCAAAACGGAUGGAGACCUAGCGGUCCUGCUCCUGGAUUUGUAAGUGUUAUUUGUACAUUUUUUUUGUUACUGUCCUGUACUUUUGAACGUAUUUGUUAUUAGUCUGUGUCAUUGGCGCACCACCGGUUCACACUAGCUGAGAGAUAAUAUAUGGUUGCCGGUGUUGAUAGCUAGCAUGUUGUCAUGUCUCGUCAUGAAUGUGUGUAGAGCUUGUAAAUGAAGACUAAAAAAACACAAUAAACGUGUUGUGGCAAAAAGUAGCAGAUUCUUUAGUUCAGACCAGUAAACCAGUUCAGUCGUUGAGUAGGCUAAUGUUGUCGUUAUAUAUAUAUACAUGCUAUGCGCUGUUUUCAUAGCAUAUCUAGGUCCGUCGGCUUUGUAAACAAACUCACGCGUAUUGAGCUGCCAGCGGGAAAUAUUUGCGACAGAUUUUACAACACUGUAAACAGACAAUUCCGCUUAUCAACCACAUGGGGCAACAGUGAGCAGAAGUUGCUUGUUGUCGCUUUAAAUGUGAAACAAUAAAGGUCUUUGCACAUACAGUCCGAAAUUUUCGUAUGCGUUUUUUCGUAUUUGGCUCUCGUUUGUAUGGUGUCUCUGAAUUGUUAAAAAAGGCCACUCAAAAUGCUUGACGGAUGCGAAAAAUGCAGAAAAUCGAACCCGGUCCGAAUGUUUUUAUGACGGACGAAAAUAUCGGAGGCAGUGUGUAAAUGUGAUUGACACAACGUGAGGUCGUAUUUAUUUUUUAACGUGCGAAAUUUUCUGACGCAAAUUUCGGACUCAAUGUGCAAUGGGCUUUAGUUAGGGUGUCUACACACUAAAGUUUUCUUUGAUUUGUUACUAUAGAUGUUACGAGAUCUUUUCUGAUAACGUUUCGUCAGUUUUCUGAAUUUCUAAUCCCCGGGUUAAUGUCUCGCCAGUGGUUGUUGUAUUUGUACUGUUGUGUUAUAAGACAAUCUGUGCUCCAUGUUUAUAUGACGCUGAUGUUUAAACUGAUAAACUGCAUGACGUUGUGCCAUAUUAAUGUGUGUAUAAUUUAAUUGCUCUAAUUCUUAACAGGGUCAUGUUGUUGUUCUGUGACCUGAAUGAUCAUCACAGGGUGAUUUAAAUGCAAGACAUUAGUCUUGUACAGAACAUGAUUUUCCUGCUCUCUUAUGCAUUCUUCCUCUUUUGUUUGUUUUUCUCAGUGCAUGAGACUGUAUUGACCAUGAAUGACCAAUGAAAACAACGUGUUAAUAUUCUUUUUCAGACUGCUGUUGCAUUUCAAUGUGAACGGGUUUCUGUCUUGAUAUAUUUGCAUUUUCAGUCAGUGGGUGUGAAUGCUUUAAUGCAUUUCGUGCAAUGGCAAUAAAAAUAUUGUGCAUUCCUGUAGACUAAACCUGACUGGGCUUCUUCAUAUUCAAUGAUUUAGUGUAUUUAAAUUUAGACAGACAGGCAGACUUUUAUUCUCUUUUAUUUAUAUGUAUGUAAAUCACUGAUGUUUGUACAGUUUACACAUAAGGAAUUGUUUGUAAUGUUUAUUAAAUAUCACAAUGCACAAAAUAAACACCUUCUAUACCAGAGGACGCGUACGGUAUGAACAUUCAGACAACCGUCCACUUUUUUGUGUCUGUAAGGUUUCGAUCACAAAAACAACUUGUCUUGAAUUCAUGCUGACCACAAUCAUCUGUCCACAAUAAAUCAGCUGUUUGAAUAACAAUAUGCUUUUAUACUGUGGAAUUCAAUGACGUUCUGACUGUCAUUAUAGGUAAUAAACUAAGUAAGUGGUUCAGUAUAUCCGUCUAUUACAAGAUAUGUCUAGAUUCCCCUCUAUAUUCCAGCACUAUAUCCAGUAAACCUUGCUUGCAGAAGUUAUGUGAUGUUUUUGUGAGUUUUGUGUCUCAUGCUAAAAGCUCCAUUGUGGACAGCAAGCAAAACCUGUUAGCACUUGUCUAAAUCCAUCUAUUUUAAUAUAUAAGAACACAAACUGAAAAUGAUAUAGGCCAUCACACACACCAAAGUAUUUGGACAUGUUUUUAAAUAUAGGGCCAUAUUAGAGGCUGUAUAAAGUACAUACAGAUCUAUUACGGUUGAGGAGCUGCAGAUGUAAUUUUAUUAACUAUGGACAUAUUCCUCAAAGUUUGAAAAUACUUCAUAUUUUUUCGUAAUAUAUCAUAUAUACAUACAUACACACUCUGGAUCAUCACAUGAUAGUGUAAUGUGAUGAUCGUUCAUCAGACUGUUAGUGAAAGAGUAGAUUGCCAGAAGCAGGCCAUUCUGACCUAGUCCUGAUCUAAUGUUCCUGUGUUACAGCACAUUGGUUUGACUUCUUUUCAUGUACACCUGAGUGCUGUUACCAUAGCGAUAGAAAGAUAUGUCACGGCAUGUCAGAGCUGCUUUUAGGGAGAGGAGCUCUGUCUUUCAUUAAGGGAGAAUGGGCCAUAUGCAUGCGUGACUUACGCGUUUCACCGGAAGAACCCCAGGCAGUUUUCGGUUGGGGAGACUUAAAGCAGAGAGAAAUGGAAAAAUGAGAAAAUAGUUACAUUUAGCAGAAGCUGUACAUUGCGGCACACAGCAGUCGUAUGUAGAAGUGCUGUUCUGCCGUAUUUGAAAUGAUACUUUCAUAAGUUAACAUUUUGUUAUAACAUUCAAAUACGGUAGAACUCCACUUCUAUACUGCUGUGUGCCACAAUUGGACAACAUAGAGUUGCAUUUACUGCAAGGGUAGUAAAAGUUCUUAGAGAGGAGAGUGUCUUGAGUAAGCGAAAACAGGCACAAGAUUUAAAAAAAACUGUGACUACAAGCCCUAUAGCUGUAACUCUUUCUAUUCGUUUUUCAGCAUGCAAAUUAGAAUGGCUUUUAAGAUUGCUACCCAGUGUUGGCAAGAAGUCCACAAGCUAAAUACUGAAACACCAUGUAGGUAUUACAUAGUUAGGAAAUGUUUCCAGAUUCAAAGGUGAUAAUAAAAGGAGUCUGAUAAACACUUUUGUAGUUGCUUAUGCAUUAAAAAUAGUCAUUUAAGUUGGCAUGUUAAUUGUGUUGCAGUGGAAUUACCAUAAAGUUCAUAGUAAUUUCAUUCCAUUUUAAUUAACUAUUUAAAAAAAACUUGUAUUGGGUCCUUAAGAAAAUACAGAAAAUAAAUCACUGGGCAGUGUGUCCAUCAAGAUGAAACAAUGGCCUCUGUUGAGUGAAAACCAGGACAAUGCUGACACAUUGUGAAAUGGGCAGAAAAUUCUGUUUUUCUGCCUUGUGAGAUUUCUGUGUCUGUCUGGCCCUGAACAACACUGAGCAAAGGCAUCCGUGAUGACAAUGGUGUCAAGUAUGUUGGGAAACUUUUGUUUACAUGGAGAAACAAAGUUCUCCAUUUUUAUGUAGAGUUUAGCUGACUGCUAGGACUCCAACUGAUUAUGUAUGGGAUAUGGCGGAAUGCUUAACACUGAGCUGUUACACAUAUGCAUUCAGAGCAGCAUUAUCCCGUACAGAGAUUUGAUGCACAGGGGAAAUGUUUGUUGAAUAAAUCAGAAGGUGGAGAUUUGGUUGACUUUGGAGUGCAGAAUUUGUUCAAUUUUAUGAUCAUGAUUCAUUACGCACUCAAGAUUAUAAAAGUGAAGAUGCAAGU